AUGGCAGCGACACGGAAAUUGAAGGUUCCGGUGAAUAUGCGCGCUUUCGAUGGCCGAGUUAUCAAAAGUGCAGAUGCCACUGACGGAUCAGACGUGAAAAUUAAUGUCGGGGCACUAGCCCGCGUUGUAUGGGUGGGGUCGAAUUUUGGCCAAACACAAGCUGACAUUCAACGUUUAACAGUGAAAGGCUCCCGAUGUGUCAGCAUUAUUUCGUGGUCACCAGAGCGCGUCGAGUGCAUGGUCGGCCUUCCACUGCGCUUCUCUCAAACUCAACUCCCUUUUGUAAGUGAGGGUGAUUGCAGUAUCCAGACAGAACACGGAGUCAUGACGGGAAGUGCACUGAACUACAACGAAAUGUUUGCGUCGGGAACUCCCUCACCGAUUGUUGAGCGCAUUGACAUUUCCGCAAAGUUCGUUCUUCCGCAUGCUUUGGUCAUCGAUGAUCGGGAAGGAGAAGAGUGGCUCUACUGGUCAAACUCGGAAGACGGUACGAUAUACCGUAGCAGUUUACAGUCAACUGUCAUCGAGGUGUUGCAGCGUCGUUGUUGGAGUGUGCGAGGCUUAGCACUAAAUAUCUUUCAGGACUCUGGGAACGAAAAGCUAUUUCUCUUGUACUCACUUGAGUCCAAAGGGACCAUCUCCCAGAUCGAGUUACCGGUAUCCCAGAUGAUUUCCUCUCCACAGUCAUCAAAAGUACUGAUCAGUGGUCUGAGGUCUCCUCGAGGCUUAGCUAUGGAUUCUACCAACCAAAUCCUGUUCUUCACCGAGAAGACUGGUCGGAUUUUUCAGGCAAAUCUCGGCAACCGCAUGACAGCUCGUCAAAAAGCGAACAUCUUACCAGAUGACGCAUCGAUUGUAUCACCAGGAGUGGAUACUCAUCGAGUUGUGACGCUGACAUCUAUGACGAGACUCGAUGGCAUCGCUGUCGAUUCCAAAUAUCUCUAUUGGUGUGAAACCAACACAAACAUUGUGGCGAGAGCUCUACGUCGAGACUUUCAGCGGCAGGUUGUAGUCGGGGGCACUGCAAACUCCAUGUUGAGUUGGCCCCGUGGUGUCGUUCUCGGUUCCGACGAUGGGAAUAUCAACGAUAAGAAAGACAGUUACUACUACUCAGAAUACACCGCGCUCCUGCGAUGCAGUAUUUGGACAGCGUAG